AUGAAGAAAAAGCAAAACGGCGUGAAGUCCCGUGCUGCAGCCAACGGCAACGAUUCACCAGCGCCUUCGAAAACAAAACUGAAGCCCGAGAAACUAAAGAAGAAACAAAAUGGAACCAGCAAGCGUCCUGCCAUCGACGAUCAGGAAAAUGUAGUCCCUGCUCUUUUCAAGAAAAAGGCUGGAACAGGAAAGCCAAAAAAACUAAAGAAAGGACAAACUCUUGAGGAUGCGGAGGAAAUCUUGCAACAAAACCCAAUCAAGAAAGGAUCCCUCGAUAAAACAAAGAAAAAGAAAAAAUCCGUACGCGAAUUGACACCUGAUGAUGAGGAUAUGGAUAUGACUGGGCUUGCUGAAGGAAAAUCUCUUGGUUUACCUGGUUUGGGUGAAAAUGACUCAGACGACGAGUUGAUUGAUGACUUUGGUGAUAGUGAUGAUGAAGAAUCGCUACCUGAAGAUGCGGAUGAUUCCGAAGAUGAGAAGCCGUCUAAAGAGGAAAGUCUUCAGCUAAAUGUCAAUAUGCCGUCUUAUCACCUACCAUCCGUAGAAGACGUUGAAAAGGAGUUAAAAACAGCUCCAAAUCUUGAAAACAUGAAGCUACGAAUCUCCGAAGUUUUACAGGUUCUUGCCAAUUUCAAAGUCCGAAAGGAAGAAGGUAAAAGUCGGCAGGACUAUGUGGAGGUUUUGGUUAAAGAUCUUUGUGCAUAUUACGGCUACAAUGAGUAUCUGAUCAGAAAGUUCAUGGAUUUAUUCCCAAAGGGAGCUGAGCUAAUGGAAUUUUUGGAUGCAAAUGAACAAGCUAGGCCUGUCACUAUUCGAACAAAUACUUUGAAGACGAAACGAAAAGAGCUGGCUAAAGCGUUGAUCUCUCGCGGAGUGAAUGUCGAUCCAGCCGCUAAAUGGACUAAAGUCGGAUUGGUUGUGUAUGAUUCGCAAGUUCCAAUUGGUGCUACCCCGGAAUAUCUCGCUGGUCAUUACAUGCUUCAAGGAUUAUCUUCAUUUUUGCCCGUCAUGGCUUUGGCUCCACAACCAAAUGAGAGGGUUUUGGAUAUGGCUGCUGCUCCUGGAGGAAAAACAUCGCACAUAGCUGCUUUGAUGAAAAAUACUGGCGUCCUUUUUGCCAACGAUCCAAACAUGGUUCGCUGUCGUGCUGUUAUCGGUAAUCUUCAUCGACUUGGGGUGAACAACGCAAUCGUUUCGAAUCUGGAUGGACUGGAGUAUCCGAAAGUUCAAUCCCAAGGUUUUGAUCGAGUCUUGCUUGAUGCUCCUUGUUCUGGAACUGGAGUUAUUUGGAAAGAUCAGAGUGUGAAGACAAACAAAGACAGUCAAGAUGUUCAGCGACGACACACUUUGCAACGUCAACUUAUCUUGGCUGCUUUGGACGCAAUCGAUGCAAAUUCACCAACUGGCGGCUAUUUGGUUUAUUCAACAUGCUCUGUUUUGGCUGAGGAAAAUGAAGCAGUUGUAAACUAUGCAUUGACAAAACGACAUUGCAAACUUGUUCCAACUGGGCUGGAGAUCGGCGUUGAAGGAUAUACAAAAUUCCGCGAAUAUCGUUUUCAUCCAACUUUGUCUCUAACGCGUCGUUUUUACCCACAUGUACACAACAUUGAUGGAUUCUUUGUUGCCAAGAUCAAGAAGCUAAGCAAUGCCAAAACAGGGGGAACCCAACUCAAAGACGAGCGAAAGGAAGCACUGGAAACAGGUGAAGAGUUGCCUGAUGGAACACCAUUGCCUGGAUCAAAUGCUGGCAGGAAGAAGCAAAAGCUGAAGAACAUGGAAAAACACGAGCAGAAAGUUAAGAAAAUGACUGAGGAUGACGGCUUUAACACGAAGGGUGAUAUACCACACGUGAAACGUGAUCGACCAACUUUCAAGAAAAGGCUGAACAAGAGGUCUCUUGCAAAAACAAGUGGAAAGGCAGUUCGUCAGAAGCGGAGAAAGAUGAUGGAAAAACGCGGACGUGGAGCUGCUCACGCUGAA